AUGGAGCGUUAUCCAUUAGGCUCACAAAUGCUGAAAGAUAAUUUUUAUAUGGAUGACGGUCUCUGUGGUGCAGAUAGCCUAAGUACAGCUAUUGAAAUCCAAAAGGAGUUAGUCACAAUCUUGAAGCAACACGGCUUCAUUCUAAGGAAAUGGUCAUCCAAUACACCAAGAUUGCUGAAGAACAUACCACAUAGCGAUCGAGAAAUCCCGACGAAAAUCCAGUUGCAUGUGUUUGCCGAUGCAUCGGAAAGAGCUUUUGGCGCGGCUAUUUACAUUCGUUUUAUUGGAAAAGAUGGACGAGUAGUUGUAUGUCUGAUCUGUGCUAAAUCCAAGGUAGCUCCUUUGAAAAAACAAACUCUACCACGAUUAGAGCUAUGUGCCACAGUGGUAGCAGCUCAACUCAAACUCAACUCAACAUCAAGUCAAAAGAAAACCCUGCCGACAUUUUAUCCCGAGGUCUCUCGCCAGCUGAUCUUUCUAAAUGCCGAUUAUGGUUUCAUGGUCCAGUUUUUCUUCAUGGAAAAGAAGAACUAUGGCCGACCAAAUUCUCUUCGCAAGAGAAGUUACAAAGAAUUUUGGCGUACGUGCUUAGAUAUGCAAAAGGCACACCGGCCUCAACAUAUAGCAGUGUCUCCCAGCGAAUUAGACGACUCCCUUCGUCUAAUAGUUCAAGCCGUACAAUCAUCCGAAUUUGCAGGUGAUAUCAAUGCAUUGAAGGCUGUAAAGCAGAUUAAUAAGCAUAGCUCGCUAUGCAGUUUAUCACCGUUUUUGGAUGAUGAAGGCAUUCUUCGCGUUGGAGGAAGAUUGGAACAUGCUAUGCUACAAAUGGAUGCGAAACACCAAAUGAUAUUGCCUUAUAAUGAUCCUUUGGUGAAAUUGCUAUUUAAGAUAUGUCACGAAGAAAACAAACAUUGUGGAGCUCAAGCCCUGUUAAACACAAUAAGACAGCGAUUCUGGCCAAUAAAAGGCAAGAUAACAGCAUGGUCUACCGUUCAAAAAUGCAUAAAAUGUAAUAGAGCGCGACCACAACUAUAUCAACAAAUAAUGGGAAAUUUGCCAGCGACAAGGGUAGUUCCUGCUCGACCAUUUAUCAACUCUGGAGUCGA